CAACGAAUAGAAUUCAGUUGUUCUUAGAUGUUAGUCGGUCGUGUUCGGUUGUUAACUCACCACUAGCGUACCGGUUUUUUUUUUUAUCCAAGAACAGUUCGUGUACCUGUACAACAAACAAAGAAUUAUUUUUUUUAACAAUUGUUCACCCGUAAAAACAACAAUGAAUAUUUUAUUUCUAAACACCGCGGGCAGACUUAAUGUUACCUACCCGUUUAAAAAGUGUCGUGAGUGGAUUUGAAUUUAUAGUGACAACGUGUUAUUAUUUUUUUUUUUGUUUUUCUUUUUCUCUGUGAAAGAAAGAAGCAUCUGGUCUCAUUAAAAGAUAUUAAAAGUCCAGUCUGGAGUAGCGUGGUGUGAUAUAAAAUGCGAUAUACAUAAUAGCGCAGCGAUUUAAAAAAUACUCCAGCGGUCGAGGUGACAAGAAGCUUCUUUAAUAGACAUUAUUAUCAAACAUCAAAGUUCGGAGAUAGCUAAUGUAAUUGAAACCGGUCAGAAAUUAAUUAAAGAUCGGAGUAUGAUGUAAAAUGGAUCAGAAGAGGUUUACUUUUGUAUUAGGUGCUUCGAUAUCGUUCGUUGAUGUGAAUGCAUAUUACACAUAUGAAAUGCCAUUCUCGCUGUAAGACUGGAAGAAUGUCCAGUGCCAGCGGUAACAACAGUCUUGCCAGUGCGACCAGUUACAGUGGAGCUAGUACUCUUACUGGAGGUGUAGGAGGUGCAUUAAGUCUGAUGGGUUGUGUCAGAGAGGCUUCACCUCCGCCUCAAAAUCAUCGGACGCUGGAUCUUGGCGAUUUAGCGAUGCAACGUCAUGCGGAUUUACUUCCUAAAGAACCAAAGAAAAGACGCUUUCAUCCUCUCCGCGGGCUGAGAAGAAUCUUCAGAAGAAAGAGCAGAAGUGCUGCUGAUGCCGCCUUCGAUUCUCACAACGAUCGAAAUGACCCAGUGACUCACGAUCGUGAGGACAUGACUCUCAGGCAUCCAGCUGGACGUACUGAGGACGCUCGGAGCCAAAGUGCUAGUGAAUUACUCACUGAUUCUUGCGAUUGUCAAAGCAAACGGCCUAUGAACUGGGCUAAAAAAUACAGAUUAUCAUUGAGGAAAUCAUAUAAUAAACAUGGGUUCCUCAGGCGAGGAGGCGGCGUACAAGAGACGUUUACCAAGCUCCGAGGUGCUUCAGGUCAACUCUCAGUGUCUCACGACAGUGUCUUCCCCGGGGAGGUGCCUCAUACUCGGCCUCUCUCAUCUCUAGAUACCUUGGCUACAUUCCAAAGACGACAGGGAAAAACAAAUGAUGAAGUUAACAAGAGCCAUGGCAUCCAUGGAGCUUCCAACAAUCGGAUAUCUCUUCGAGUGUUGGAGCAAAUUAAGACUGCCAUAGAGAGUAGGAAUCAGCUGGCAUCGAUGGAGACGCACAUUCCUCUUGCCUCCGAGGAACAUUAUCAGCAGGAAACUAGUGAGAGCCGUUUCAGCCGUACAGAUAAACGUGAACGAACCGAUAGAGAAGAGCCGGAGGAAAAGUUCAGG